AUGGUGGUGCCGGCUAUUGUCGUGGACAAUGGCUCUUUCGAAUGUAGGGCUGGGUUUUCCAAUAAGAAUGAGCCUAUGCUACAAUUUCGAAACGUUGUCAUGAAAUCCCGGUCUCGGAUGAGGGAAACUUUCGUUGGAUCGAUGGAUGAAAUGGACUUCAGCCAAGUUAAUUCAAAAUCCCCUUUCGAACAAAAUACAGUCACUCAAUUGGACGUACAGGAAAUCGUGUUUGAUCAUAUUUUUUGUAACAUUGGUAUUGAGUCCUCCGGGGUUAAUUUUCCAGUCAUAUUAAGCGAACCUCUAUGUUGUCCACAGCAAUCCCGAUCUCAAAUCACAGAACUUCUUUUUGAAACAUAUUCAGUGAACAGGCUUACGUACUUUGUAGAUGGCCUUGCAUCCUUUUACGCAAACUUCGGCACUGAUUCUCCAGCCUUCAAUAGAGAUACAAUGAUGCUUUCAUUUGGAUAUCACACGACACAUAUUAUUCCGUUCUCGAACGGCACGUACAUUCCUUCUGCGUGCCGACGAUUGUCUGUUGGGGGGGCGCACAUUUCGUGGUAUUUUCAACAACUUUUGGCCCUCAAGUAUCCCUGUCACUCAGACAAGUUCACUAUUCCUAUAGCUGAAGAUCUCAUCCGAACAUUUGGUAAGGUAUGUGAGAAUUACCGUGAAGAAAUGCAGCGCUGGAAGGAUGAAGCCUACAAACAGGAGAAUACACGAACAUGGUGUAUUCCCUAUUCUGAUGUUAGUUCUCUAGAAGGCAUUUACGUAUUCAUACUUCGGUCUGAAACACAACGCAAGGCGCAGGAAUUAGCUGAGCGCAGACAAUUUCAAGCUGAUCGACUGAGGGAAAUACACCGUAAACGAGUAAUGGGUCGGUUGAAAGAACAGGCCGAUUCGGAUGAAUCUGAUACUCGUAGUUUUGAUAGCGACAUGAAACGAGACCGCCUCAUCGAUGAUGUGGGAGAGAGUGAGACUGACAGAUCAACACCACCCCUCUGCGAUGUAGAAACCGGCGAGGAGACAGUUCUGCAGAAGCUUGUAAAUCUUCGUGAAAGGAAGGCCACCGAGCUGCUUUCCUCAUUUCCCUAUCCUGCAGCAGUACAGGCGCAAAUGACAACAGGUCCGCCCACCAACGCACAAGGCUUAAAUGAUCAAAAGCUGAGACGUCGACUUUUGGCCGCUAACGACUUGGAAGCGAGGCGGAGGGAUGAUUUUUGCCUCUGGCUCUCCCAAAUAAAUAACAAACGACAGAGGAUCGCCAAGCAACGAACCCUUCGCCAAUCCAAGGUGGAUUUGGCCACUGAACUAGGGUUGCACAGCCAAGAGAUAAUGGAUGAUGGGAAAAUGGCGGUGAUUAGUCAGAAUUCAAUUACGGAGAGGAAGCAACGCAAAAUCGAAAAGAUCCGUGCAAUGACGAGCGAACUGAAAUCCGAGCGCAGCAGUGGUGGCAAGCGUGGUGUCGGUCGGGGAGCUGCUCGCAAAACGAUUCCCAGAAAAGAUUCGAAUCGCAGCAUGGCAGAGAUAACUCCAACUGGAGACGAGGAGAGCUGGUUGGACGAGGAGGUGGCUCUGGAGAGUUUGGAUGCCUUUUCAGAGGAUGUAGGGGGUGAUUUUGUUGAGGUGGGAGACGGAGUACCACAGCAAAACACCUGCCCGAUUUCACCGACUUUUCACUUCCCUGCUGCUGUAUCUAGUGACGGCAGUCAGUCAAGGUCGAGGCCCCGUGACGCCUUCGAAAAGCUUGAGACUGAGGCUGCAGAUCUCAGCGAGUGCGAACGCGAUCAGCUCGCCGUUCUCGAUUGCGUUCGCGCCUCCUACGACCCGGAAUUUCUCAAGGAAACGGGAACGGUUGGACUAAAGAUAAAUAUUUCUGAAUAUUACAAGGUUCAUCUGUCGACAGAGCCGAUCCGGGCGACUGAAGUUUUGUUUGAGCGCAGUCUCAUGGGCAACACGCAGGCGGGUGUGGGUGAAUGCCUCACCUGGGUGCUACGCGACGCUUCUAAGUACCUCUAUGAGGAUGCGGCCAAACCCUGGGUUCCACGACGUCUUUUCCUCACCGGAAGCCCAGCAAGGUUACCUGGCAUGGAAGAGCGACUACGAUUAGAGCUCCAACAGCUUCUACCUUGGAAGGAAGGCGGUAACCCCUUGGAGGUGGUUGUGGCUGCCGAUCCGAGUCUCGAUGCGUGGAAAGGUGCCCAGAUUUGGAGCCAGCUUGCUAGUGAAAACGACUUCAGGGAGUUUACAACGAAAAAUGUGUACGAUGAGUGCGGAUUCGAUUACCUGGCCGAAAAUAUAAUCAGUAAUCGCUUCUACGCCAGCUUUAAAGAUCUCGAAAUCAAUCCCAAGUUCAACCCUGGGCGAGGACGACAACCAACAACAGCUCUUAAACAACAGGUCCAAGAACUGCAAGGAUGUGUAUAG